GAGCGAUCACCAGAGGCUGUCGGACAUAUUUGUUCAGAAGGGUCCUUACCUGAAGAUGUACUCCACCUACAUCAGACAGUUUGACAACAACGUGGCUCUGUUGGACGAGCAGUGCAGGAAAAACACCGCCUUCGCCGCUGUCGUCAAAGAGUUCGAGAUGAGUCCAAGAUGUGCGAGCCUGGCUCUGAAGCACUACUUGCUGAAGCCGGUGCAGAGGAUCCCUCAGUACCAGCUGCUGCUCACAGAUUAUCUAAAGAACCUUCCAGAGGACUCUGAGGAUUAUAAAGACACCCAAGCGGCCCUCGGCAUAGUGAAAGAAGUGGCCAACCACGCUAAUGACAUCAUGAAACAAGGGGAUAACUUUCAGAAGCUGAUGCAGAUUCAGUACAGCCUCAACGGCCACCAUGAGAUCGUUCAGCCAGGCAGGGUGUUUCUGAAGGAGGGCACUCUAAUGAAGCUUUCCAGGAAAGUCAUGCAGCCUCGCGUAUUCUUCCUGUUCAAUGAUGCACUCAUGUACACCACUCCCGUCCAGUCCGGCCAGUAUAAACUCAACAGCGUCCUCUCUCUGGCCGGGAUGAAGGUGAGUAAACCGAGCCAGGAGGCCUAUCAGAACGAGCUGAACAUCGAAAGCGUUGAACGUUCUUUCAUCCUGUCUGCCAGCUCGGCUACAGAGAGAGACGAGUGGCUGGAGGCCAUCGCUAAGGCCAUAGACGACUACACCAAGAAGAAAAUCACCUUCAUAUCCAGUCGAAGUCAGGAGGAGGCGGAGUGUGUGGUGGACACCGGGGCCCCGCUGGGUUCGAAGGCUCCGAUCUGGAUCCCAGACCUGAGGGCCACCAUGUGCAUGAUCUGCACCUGCGAGUUCACGCUCACCUGGAGGAGGCAUCACUGCCGCGCCUGUGGACGGGUGGUGUGUCAGGCGUGCUCGGCCAAUAAGUACUACCUGGAGUACCUGAAGAACCAGCCGGCACGUGUGUGUGAUCACUGCUUCGUCAAACUGCAGGAGAAUAGUGACCGCUGUGCUUCAACAUCAGUUUCUCCAAUUAAACCUGGAGCUUUCUCCUUCACCAGGAAACAGAAGAAGAUCCCUGCUGCACUAAAAGAGGUAUCCGCCAACACUGAGAACUCCUCGAUGAGCGGCUACUUAAACCGGUCGAAAGGAUACAAGAAGCAGUGGAAGAGGCUGUGGUUUGUCAUCAAGAACAAAGUCCUGUACACCUACGCUGCCAGCGAGGAUGUUGCUGCGUUGGAGAGUCAGCCCUUGCUCGGGUUCUUCUUGAGAGAGGAGAAGAACGGGCCGGCUCAGAAGCUGCAGUUUAAGCUGUAUCACAAAAACACGCUGUUCUACAUCUUCAAAGCUGACGACAUCCCUACCGCACAGAGAUGGAUCGAAGCCUUCCAAGAGGCAAUGAUCCUCGAACAGUAAUUGUGUUUUGGCAGCCUUGAAGUCACAUCACAGCCCCGGAGCCAGUGGAUCGAAAACGUACGACCCCCGGCUGAUUUCAGGUCAGGGGUCCCCGCUCAGGAAGGACUCCGGUCGGACUGUUCACUUUAAAACAGAAAUACACUGCAGAACAUUACUGUAUGUGGGUGGGGUGGGGUGGGGGGGGAACCUGACUCUAAGGACUGGAAUCUGUUUUCCUAUACAUUAUUUUCUACCAACAAUAGCAGCUGAGGUCAGAGUUAAUAGAUGUUGCAGCUGCGGGUCAAAGGUCAAGUCCAGAAGCACGUCUGUGGAAGUGAGACAGAUCAGUGGUCAGGGUUAGGAAGUCUGGGAAAUAUAUUUAACUGCAAACGGAUGAAGGAACUACUUUUUGUGUGAAACAAAAUAUACAAAACUAUGCGCAUUCCUUCAAGCAUGUUGACAUUGGCUACAAUAAGUAUUUUAAAUCCUACUGUGUGAUUUUUCUUAAAG